AUGAGGAGAGGCGACAUGGCCCGCCUAGGCAGGACGAUGAGCGCACUCAACAUCUCGUUCACCGCAAUGAUCCUGAUGCACGUCGGCGUCGCCAUGAUCGACGUCUUGGUCGGCAACAACGGCGUCAGGUUUCCCGCCCCAUCCUUCGCGCAGCUCGCAGGAGGCGACGAGGACGACAUCGCCUCGUGGCAAGCGACCGAGUCUCCGUCCGCCCACUGGAGGAAGAAGGUCGGCAAGUUCUUCAGGCCAAUCCUUCGCGUGCCCCAGGUCUUCUCGUCUCCCACUCUGUCCCCGCAAGAGUGCACCCGCGUCGAGCUCUCUGGGAACUUGUCGCGCGCGGUGAGCGACGCGCCGUCGCAGUUCACCGUGCAGGUCAAGGAAUGGAGCGAGAGCCCUCUGCGCGUGACCCCCGCUGAAGAUGGCCGCACGAUCGUUUCCGUGGACCAUGAGGCUUCCAAUGGAGUGUACCCCAUCCAGUACACUCUGCGCAUCCCCGGGCGCUACGACAUGAGCAUCACGGACGUGGCGGGACAGGGAAACGGAUCAGACGGGAACGGCACGUGCGUGGGAGAUCUCCCGCAAACAUUCGAGCUGGCCUACGGUGGCGAGCGCACCCUGCCCAUCCCCUUCGGAGCGAGCGCUGGCAAGGUGGCUGAGGCCCUCCAAGGGCUCCGCGCUCCCUCAGCAACGGUCACGAGAUCGCCCGUUGACGAGCUGUCUCCUCUGUGGCUGGUUACGUUCCAUGGCGACAGCAUGGGCAAGUGCUCCAACGGUCCGGGGGAGGAGGCAGAACGCGUCCACCCUUGCCCGACCUUCGAGGGCGACCACGAGCCCCUGCUUGGCUCCACGAGCGAAGAAGAGUCCACCUGGCCCUCCGGCCGUGACCGGCCGUCUCGAGGCAUCCGCGUCACCGAGAUCGUCAAGGGAACUCCGGCCGUAAACCAGGUCGAUUCACGAGAUCUGGUCACGCUGCGGUUCUCGCUGUUCGCCAAUAACAGUCACGCCUACACUCCGCCGUCCGACGACAUUGAUCCGGUGAUCGCGAUGCACGAGAAGCAGGAGCUAACCUGCACCGUCAACGAACCGACCGGGACGAUGUCGAGCAACUUUGGGUUUCGGCUCAACAUGUUCAGAAGGGAUACCUUCGUAGAGGCCCGCGGCACCCUUCAGGACCUCAGGAACCACCUCGAGAAGAUGUUGGCCUCGGCCCACCAGAAGCACGUUCGCGUGCAGGUUACCUCCGCCUUUGGGCAACGAUCGUUGUGCGGACCGCGCGGUAACAAGGUUAUGAUAGAAUUCUCCCGCACCAACGGCGCACCUCCGGAGCUCAAGAUUUCGGAAUAUGUCGGCGUGUCCCACGUCUCCAUUCGCCAAGUGACGAAGGCCGUCGACUCCGUUUCGUACGUCGGGCAAGGCCGGUACGUGAUCGAGUACACCCCGGUGCUCGCCGGGAAUUUCUCCGCCGAAGUUCUCGUCGCCGGCGCCAUGAUCCCACCGUCGGGAUCGAUGGGAGACGUCACCGUCCUGCCGUCGUUCGAAGGCCUCAGGGGAAGCUCCAGGUGGACGAGAGCGCUUUCGUUGGCCCAGGCGGGCCAUCCAAGGCGUUCUUGGACUUCACGGAACGCGUUGGCCAGCCACGACACCUCGGGGCGCAGGGCAUGGUUCGGACGCACCAGUUCUUCGACGACGACGUCCAACUGGCCGGCGUCUUCGUCUUGCCCGAGACUGAACGAGUGCGCGUUCACGAUCACCUCUCGUGACGCCUUUGGGAACAAGCGGUUCCGUACGAGGUCUGACGAGUGGCACGCCACCGCCAACGGCAUCGCUGACCACGGUGGACUCCCUACUUCUGAUUCAGACGCCCAAGUCGUGAGUGAUUCCCUCAACGGUAGCUACACGGUCACCUACGUUCCUCCGAGCGAGGGAGACUACCAGAUCGUCGUAACGCUGGGAAAUUCCUCGGCUACCUCAGCUAUCGCUCACGUGCAUGGGCCUCCAAAGCAGGCUGUGGGCCUAGCCGCCUUGCCGUUCAGGCUGGCCUGGGGGCACGGCACUGCCAUCAUCGCGGCGACGAGGUGGGUCGUCGACAGGGCGGCGCGUGGCGGUGCUGCCAUCAUCGCGGCGGCGAGAUGGAUCGUCGACAAGGCGGCGCGUGGCGGUGCUGCCAUCAUCGCGGCGGCGAGGUGGGUCUUCGACAUGGCGGCGCGUGUCGAUGCUGCCAUCAUCGCGGCGGCGAGGUGGGUCGUCCCCAGAGUGGCGCGUGGCGGUGCUGCCAUCAUCGUCGCGGCGAGGCCGAUCGUCUACAGGGCGACGACAGCUCUCCUGGCUCCAGGGAGAGUUGAACACUUGAGGCUCUUUCUCCGCUUCCUGCCCGCGAUCCCAGCGGUUGCUUGGGCAUCGCACGCCGUGGCGAACUGGAAAGAGAGCCUUGUCCUGCUGUCCCGUCUGUGGUCUUGCCUCCGCUUCGUCUUGGACCCACAGUUCGGGGUCGUUGUGCGCGCGAUCCACCCAGUUGCGCGUGUCGUCUUCGCAGUCGGGUUCGUGGCCGUGCUCGCCAUCGUCCUCGUGUUCCUCGUGCAUCGGGCUUGCUGGGGGCUCGUGGUCUACGUCGCUGACCGACAGGAACGAGCCGCUCGAUCUCACGGCGCCCCCGCCAGUGGUCUCCGCCGAACUCCCAGGCACGUCUCAACGCCCGACCGCGACUGGCUGACCAGCGUCGAGGCAGCGGUCAUCCACCUCCUAUGCGGGGUGCCACGACUUCGAGAUGAGCUGCUGGACUUCGAGCACCAGGACGUGUACAAGUCCUGGUGGGCUACCAUCAAGUCGUGGUUCAUCGCUAUGCCUAAAGUAAACCCGCUGAAGCGCCGCGUGCUGGUGGGUUUCCUGGCCACGUUCCCGAGGGAACAGGGCGGCUUCGAGUUUAAGAAGGCCAUCACGGACUGCACCGGCGAGCUCAUGACCGCCAUUCAUUCCGGCGACAAAGGCAUGUAG